ACACUUAUUUUAAUGGUCUGUUUAGGAAUUUUUUUUUUCUUUUUGGUUUGUCUUUGCUGAUUCAUCCCGUGACAAGUAAGAAUAUAACCAACCUUUAGCUGGAUGUUUGUUAGGUUAUAAAAAGUGUCUGCUGUGUAGUGAAUCCAGUGCCAUUCAUCUUUGGGAGGAUGGGAGUAAAAGGGCUGUGGAAGAGUUGGUAUGUUUACUUAAGCAGAGAAAAUUUUUAGACAAUGUAGAUAAUUGUAUUAAACUAUGUAACAGAUAAGGAAGAUCAGAGAGAUCAGGGUGUGUCCAAGGGUCAGGGGAUGCCUCCCAGAGAGGUAUAACUGGGAGGUAAGUUAGAUACAAUCUGUCCUACAGCUUUCACUUGCGGGGAGAGCAAGGGUUAGUGACAGAGCUGUUAAGUAACAGAUGAGAAUGCAAAAGCUUGGGACUUUCUAGUGUCCUCCUUGCACACCCGUUUGUCUCUGCCUCUGCCACGUUGCUGCUGCUGAUCAGAGAAAGCUUUCUGUAAAAGUUGAGGUCUCUAAGUUGAGCCUGACUGGGCACAAAGAAUUUAGAGGCCAUUUAGAAUUUAGAAGGCCAUUGCAGGGAGAGGUGCCGAGUGUGUGCUGUGUGAGUACAGAAUGAGGAAGUGCUUUUUCAAGUGUAGGGAAGCUGUUGGAAGUUUCUGAAGCAAGGGCUGAAGUGAUGAAACUGAUGUUUUGAGAUGAACCUUCUAGGGGUGCCAGCUGGUUUGAAAUGGCAGGGGAGAGACUGAAUCCAGUGAGACUAGUGUGUCAAAAUUGGAGCUUUGGUGUGCUGCGAGCUAAGAUAGCUGGCAGAGAUACAAACGUAAAACAAUUACCUGACCUAAAGAGGCUUUCAGUCUAAUAGUGAUAUAGAGAAAUGGAAGCUCUGAAAUGAAGAUGUGGACGAUAUUGUCCAGUUAUGAUGUGGAAUCAGGACCUUUCUUUGAUCUUCACAGAAGGAACUGCUACUGUUUCCAUCAACUCAAGAAUGAACAAUCCAUCAGAAAGCAGUAAACCAUCUAUGGAGAGUGGAGAUGGCAACACUGGCACGCAAACCAAUGGUCUGGACUUUGAGAAGCAGCCAGUGCCUGUGGGAAGUGCAAUCUCAACAGCGCAGGCCCAGGCUUUCCUUGGACAUCUCCAUCAGGUUCAGCUUGCUGGAACAAGUUUACAGGCCGCUGCUCAGUCUUUAAAUGUACAGUCCAAAUCUAAUGAAGAAUCCGGGGAUUCCCAGCAGCCAGGCCAGCCUUCCCAGCAGCCUUCAGUGCAGACAACCAUUCCCCAGACCCAGCUUAUGCUGGCUGGAGGACAGAUAACCGGGCUCACUCUGACGCCAGCCCAGCAACAGCUACUACUGCAGCAGGCCCAGGCCCAGGCCCAGCUGCUGGCUGCUGCAGUGCAGCAGCAUUCUGCCAGCCAACAGCACAGUGCUGCUGGGGCCACCAUCUCCGCCUCCGCCGCCACGCCCAUGACGCAGAUCCCCCUCUCGCAGCCCAUCCAGAUUGCCCAGGAUCUUCAACAACUACAACAACUACAGCAGCAGAAUCUCAACCUGCAGCAGUUUGUGUUGGUACAUCCGACAACCAACUUGCAACCAGCACAGUUCAUCAUCUCACAGACGCCCCAGGGCCAGCAGGGUCUCCUGCAAGCGCAAAAUCUUUUAACACAACUACCUCAGCAAAGCCAAGCCAGCCUCCUGCAGUCGCAGCCAAGCAUCACUCUCACGUCCCAGCAGCCAGCAACCCCGACACGCACAAUAGCAGCAACCCCAAUUCAGACACUUCCACAGAGCCAGUCAACACCAAAGCGAAUUGAUACCCCCAGCUUGGAGGAGCCCAGUGACCUUGAGGAGCUGGAGCAGUUUGCCAAGACUUUCAAACAAAGACGAAUCAAACUUGGAUUCACUCAGGGUGAUGUCGGGCUCGCUAUGGGUAAACUGUAUGGAAAUGACUUCAGCCAAACUACCAUCUCUCGCUUUGAAGCCUUGAACCUCAGCUUCAAGAACAUGUGCAAAUUAAAGCCACUUUUAGAGAAGUGGCUAAAUGAUGCAGAGAACCUCUCAUCGGAUUCGGCGCUCUCCAGCCCAAGUGCCCUGAACUCUCCAGGGCAGGGAGUUGAGGGUUUGAACCGUAGGAGGAAGAAACGCACCAGCAUAGAGACCAACAUCCGUGUGGCCUUAGAGAAGAGUUUCUUGGAGAAUCAAAAGCCUACCUCGGAAGAGAUCAGCAUGAUUGCUGAGCAGCUCAACAUGGAGAAGGAGGUGAUUCGUGUUUGGUUCUGUAACCGCCGCCAGAAGGAGAAAAGAAUCAACCCACCCAGCAGUGGUGGGACCAGCAGCUCCCCCAUCAAGGCAAUUUUUCCCAACCCAACUUCACUGGUGGCUACCACGCCGAGCCUUGUGACAAGCAGUGCAGCGACCACCCUCACCGUUAACCCCGUGCUCCCCCUCGCCAGCGCCACAGUGACCAAUCUCCCUGUUACAGGCACUACAGACACAACCUCUAACAACACGGCCACCGUGAUUUCCACAGCCCCUCCCGCGUCCUCGGCAGUCACCUCCCCCUCGCUGAGCCCCUCCCCUUCCGCCUCAGCCUCCACCUCCGAGGCGUCCAGUGCCAGUGAGACCAGCACAACGCACACCACCUCUGCUCCUCUGUCCUCCCCUCUUGGGACCAGCCAGGUGAUGGUGACAGCAUCAGGCUUGCAAACGGCAGCAGCUGCCGCCCUCCAAGGAGCUACACAGUUGCCUGCAAAUGCCAGUCUUGCUGCCAUGGCUGCUGCUGCAGGACUCAGCCCAGGCCUGAUGGCACCCUCACAGUUUGCGGCUGGAGGUGCCUUACUCAGUCUCAAUCCAGGGACCCUGGGUGGUGCUCUCAGCCCAGCUCUGAUGAGCAACAGUACACUGGCAACUAUUCAAGCUCUGGCUUCUGGUGGCUCCCUUCCAAUAACGUCACUGGAUGCAACUGGGAACCUGGUAUUUGCCAAUGCAGGAGGAGCCCCCAACAUCGUGACUGCCCCUCUGUUCCUGAACCCUCAGAACCUCUCUCUGCUCACCAGCAACCCGGUUAGCUUGGUCUCUGCCGCCGCCGCAUCCACAGGGAACUCCACACCUGUUGCCAGCCUUCACGCCACCUCAACCUCAGCUGAGUCCAUCCAGAACUCUCUCUUCACAGCUGCCUCUGCCAGUGGGGCAGCUGCCACCACCACCACCGCCUCCAAGGCACAGUGAGCAGGGCAGUGCCAGGCUGCCAGCAGCCUUCUCCAUUCAGCAGUGAAUCAACUGAGAAGUGUGAUUGGCUUCCCCUCGCCGUGCUGUGAGGGCAGUGGGGAGAAGAGAGAAUACACAUGCCAGAAAAACGGAGAGAGUGGAGACGGAACAACAUUUGCCUAAUUUUGUAAUGAAACACUGUCUUUUCAGGAUCGAUUCAUGGGUUGGAGAACUUUAUAACCAAAAAUU